GGGAGCUUUCGUUCAAAAGGUCACAAAUCGGAUAACAGGAAGAAGUUAAAGAGUCCUUCGGGAGGACGGUGCUUCGCCCACGCAUGCGACGCCGGCUAUUCUCUUCCUCUGCUCGUGUUUUACCAUCAUCGACGUCAGUUUCAGAAUUUGAGUCUUCACACCAAAACCAACAACAACGUUUCGCUUAUGGGCCAACCGGACUCUAGUUUCCAUCUAGUUUAUACUUUGUGGCGUUAGCCAGAGAUGCCAAGAACACUUCGUUGUUUGUGUGGCUUCUUUUACCAACACUACGACCACAGACUUCCAUCAGCGGAAGAAAAUAUCAAACAACUAAAAAACCAUGGCGUGUAAAACAGUGACGCAAAACCGUCUUCGUGGUUCGCCCACUAUGCAGACGGCCGAUCAUCGUGAAACUUGGGGCAAGAAAGUCGACUUCUUGUUAUCUGUUAUUGGAUUUGCAGUUGAUUUGGCUAACGUAUGGAGGUUUCCAUAUUUAUGCUAUAAAAAUGGUGGAGGUGCAUUUCUGGUUCCUUAUUGCAUUAUGCUAGUCAUCGGUGGAAUUCCUUUAUUUUAUAUGGAACUAGCUUUAGGACAAUAUAAUAGAAAAGGUGCUAUUACUUGUUGGGGUCGGCUUUGUCCACUUUUCAAAGGUAUUGGUUAUGCUGUAGUUUUAAUCGCCUUUUACGUUGAUUUCUACUACAACGUCAUCAUAGCUUGGGCACUUCGGUUUUUCUUUGCUUCGUUCACUAAUUUACUUCCAUGGACAACUUGCGAUAAUGAAUGGAAUACUCCAAAUUGUAGACCUUUCGACUUCCAGAAUGGAAAUGCUAGCGGCGCACUAAAUACCAGCGCUACGUUAGCAUCCGCAGCGUCGGAAUAUUUCAAUCGUGCCAUAUUAGAACUCCAUAAAAGCGAAGGUCUCCACGAUCUAGGAACAAUCAAAUGGGACACCGCCCUAUGCCUCCUAGCCGUUUACAUCAUUUGCUAUUUUUCUCUAUGGAAAGGCAUAUCGACCUCUGGAAAAGUCGUAUGGUUUACUGCACUGUUUCCGUAUGCAGUACUUUUAAUUCUAUUCGUCCGGGGCAUCACUUUGCCUGGAUCUACUGAAGGAAUCAAAUAUUAUUUGAAGCCAAAUUUUAGUGUUAUUUCAUCAGCAGAGGUGUGGGUUGAUGCAGCUACGCAAGUAUUUUUUUCAUUGGGUCCAGGUUUUGGAGUACUACUAGCCUAUGCUUCUUAUAACGAAUACCAUAACAAUGUCUACAAGGAUGCGUUACUAACAAGUUUUAUAAACUCCGCCACCAGUUUCGUAUCUGGAUUCGUAAUUUUCUCAGUCCUUGGCUACAUGGCCCACGAAUCUGGAAGGCCCAUAAAAGAAGUAGCUACAGAAGGACCAGGACUGGUCUUCAUUGUGUACCCAGCAGCAAUAGCAACGAUGCCAGGAAGCAUAUUUUGGGCUCUUAUUUUCUUUAUGAUGUUGCUUACUUUAGGAUUGGAUAGUUCGUUUGGAGGGUCAGAAGCUAUAAUAACUGCCCUCAGUGAUGAGUUUCCAAAAAUCGGACGUAACAGGGAAAUAUUCGUGGCAUGCCUUUUUAGUCUCUAUUUCUGCGUUGGACUUGCCUCUUGCAGCCAAGGAGGUUUCUAUUUUUUCCAGCUUUUGGACCGCUAUGCCGCUGGUUAUUCCAUGCUCGUUGCUGUUUUCUUUGAGGCUGUAGUUGUUUCAUGGAUUUAUGGUACUCGGAGAUUCUGCGAUGAUAUCCAAGACAUGAUUGGGUUCGCGCCUGGUCUGUAUUGGAGGUUCUGUUGGAAGUUUGCAGCGCCACUUUUCCUUCUAUUCAUUAUUUUUUAUGGACUCUGGUUUUAUACGCCACUCACGUACGAGGAUUAUGUGUAUCCACCAUGGGCAAACGCUUUGGGAUGGGCUAUUACAGGGUCAUCUGUUAUCAUGAUACCUGCGGUUGCCAUUAUACAGUUGCUGAUUACGCCUGGGUGUUGUGCAAAGCGUAUGAAGAUACUGACUACACCAUGGCAAGAUACUCAAGUCAACGCUCAGUUAAACGGAGUAGUUCAAUCAGAAAGCCACCAAGUCAGAUUGUCGUCAGCAGCGGAAACUCCCACUGACCAACGUCCGAUUGAGGUUUGAGACAAGAAAAUAUCAAAAUUUACAGAGUAUUACGUUUAAAUGGUUUAUGUAUAUAGUAGAGAUUUAGUAAAUAUACUUAGAAUUGAAUAAUAUAACAUUUGUUAUGUAGAGUAAACGAAAUUCUAGAUGUUUAUAUGUAUGUACCUAACAUAGUUAAGUAGAAAAUCUAGCCUCAUAGGUAUGGAAAGCUGUACCUGUCUUCCUAAGCAUAUAAGGUAGAAACAAUUUAAGAUAGAAGCAUAUGUAAAUAAUUUUUAGAACUUUAUAAUAAGUAUAAACCUUAGGUUUUGAUAUGUAUUGUCGUUUUUGGUAAAACUGUCAAACACUUGCUUUUCAAAAACUUAGUUCGAGACUGCCUUCGUUCAAACUAAGUUUUUAUUACAAAUUGUAAUUGAAACAAAUUAAUACAUAUCAUGAUCAUUAAGUAAGUUGAUAGGUAAGUAUACAGGGUGUUGUGGUUUUUAUCUGCUAUAGUCCGGAGGCCGAGGACCUUUUUUCCAAAUCAUUAAUAACAAGCUAGUUUUUUCAAUGCAGCUUCAUUUCACCGAGACGCCCAACUUUUUUCUCUUCGAAAAUUGCGAAAACAGGUAGCUAACAUACUGCU